AUGUCAAAUUUUCCAACGGUAUCCCAAGGAAUGCAGUUUGCGAUAGACGCGACUCUCGAUACGGACAAUAUACCGUCAUUUAACCCGCACACACUGCGACACAGUCGAGGUCGGAAUCCGUUCGUACAGCAACAAAAAGGAGGUAGAAAUGCUCCCCGAGGCAAUUUUUCGCCAAGCGAACACCUUUCUUCUAGAGGAAGUUAUACACCAAGAGGUAAUUUUACACCGAGAGGAGGUCAGUUGGGUGUCAGCGGAAGCCAAAACACCCCCAGGCAUUUUUACGGCCGACGGCGCGGUGGGAAUCGAGAAACUGAUAACUUUACCAAUCAAGAAAGCCACUCACCGAGAGGAAAUCGAAGUGGAUGUAGGGAGGGCGGUCCCUGGAGUCCACGCCAACCGCAACCGAACUUCAGUAAUCCAUAUGAAAAUCAGUUAACGCCAAGACAGGUUUACACUCCGCGACAAAGAUGGACUUACACGCCAAGAGGAUCGAGCACGACCAUGUCCAACCAGUUUGGGCCAUGCGCUCAAGGAGCGUCCUACCAAACUCUGGCUUUGAUUGACGCGUUCGUCAAGCCCUCCAUGCUGGACAACCCAUGGAAGUAUCUUGAACAACAGCAGAAGCGCAGUACAAUUAGAAGGCACGAAACAGCUGGCGAGCCUAGCUAUAAGAAAAUUCGCGCCGAGGUAGAACCCGAUAGAAGUCCACCGCUUGAAGACGACGAAGUUGAUGACGACGCCGAAACAGAAGACGUCGGCUCCUGGGCGAGUAGAAGCGGGGAGUGGAAAAGCAGAAGCAGCAACGACGGACAACCGGAUAAAGACAAUGAUAUUGAUGACGAUUUCAAUAUCAAGAAUUUCCUUCCAAAAGUAUGAUACAAUGAAAACAGAUUUGCCAGUCUCAAACAUUUCGGGAUAUUGUAUGUACAGUUUUGAGGGCUUAUCAUUGUUACAUGUUUUGGGGCAUUUCUUGAUGUUUCGAACUACUAAACAUUUGUCUGAACUUUUGUCCAUUUCCGAGCAGAUACGCGCAUAAGUCAUAGCACGUAAAUGUAUCUAUGGUGUAAUGUUAGAAUUACACUGUGUUUCAUUGCGAGUGAUUUUUUAGCUUAACCAUCAUCAUUAUGAGAGCUUUCGUACAGUAAUGACGAUUCCCUAUAGGUACGGUCUCUAUAACAAAGGUGAUUUAUUAUUGUAAAUACUGUGAAUAGAACAAUACUGUGAAUGAGUAGAAGAAACCGGAACUCGGUGUAAGAUAUCUGUGCUAUCGAUUUGGAAACAGUUUUAGUAAUGAGUUAAUUUUUUUACCCAGUACGAAUUCAUAAUCUUUAUUUCUUCGUUUGUGGGCAUUAUUCUGCGCCUAGCGUUCCAUACGCGUUUUAAUUUAAUUUUCUAUUUCAGCUUUUGUUUUUUCUGUAAUUACUUAGAUUUGAUACAAACCUUUUCGCAUACGUCUUAUGCCAAAGCUAAAUUGCACAAAUUGCUCCCGUUCUGUAAUCAACGAAUACCGAAAUAUCAAUGUACAUAUAUAUUUAUGUAAUAAAGACUAUAAUCCAGGUUAAUGUAACCAUGGUAUUUUUAUUUCACGCGUAGAAUCAGUAAACUGUCAGACUCAACAGCUUAAUAAGUGUUUUUUUCUCAUCCGUCGGGAAGCGGUGAGUGCACGCAGAAAAGGUCUGAACUUUCCUCUGCAUUUAUCACUUUUAUCAGCGAACUGUCUCGAAAUGUAACCAGCGCUUUCCAUUGUCUCUCCCUCAAAUGAAGGUAUAACCAUCCAUUUAUACAAGCACGUAUG